UUGUUUUACAACACCCACAAAGAAAGGUUGGGCUCAACAGCCGCUUUUGAGCAUAACGGACUUUUGCGAGACGGCCACGCACAUACCACACACUUCCUCACAGCGACUCGAAAGCGCUGUUGUACACUCGUAAGGGAUUCUGCUAUUGGUCUAUCCGCUAAUCAAAGCCCCGCCCGACACGCUGGGGCGAGCUAUACUUGGAUAGCUAAAUUUGUGUGGUCCGCACCCCCAUUACUCGGGAAGCUCAACAGCGAAGCAACCCCAUUCGAACAGAGUGGCCGAAACGUGUCGGUGGGCGAAAAGGAUCACAUCACCAUCACCCAGUGGCAGACCGAGACCGAAAUACGAUACGAAACCGUUACGACGACUCGGGAGCCUACUGCGCAGGAAAAGGAUAGGCUAGCUUCUCCACCACAUUUGGCGGUGGAAGGCUUGCUCGAAAAAUCUCUUGACGAACUCAAGGAUAUGAUUCGACAUACGAAUGGCUAUUUGGCUCGAGAUUGGUCCUUGGCUUUGGGCUGGAAUAAUAUCAUACCCGAGAGGCGAGUCGUGGGAACUGGGAUCGCGGGUAUUACCAUUCCGGAGUCGAUUUCGACUCGCAACCCGAAAGUGGUAUUGAAAGUCAUGGACCUGAUCUCGGAGUCGUCCGGAAUGACUGGCUUGGAUGAUCUAGUCGGUCGUAGAAGGAGUCUCAAGGCCAGACAGGACGCAGCUAUUGGUGAUGACGAGUGGGAUAUUGGGUAUGAUGACACGGAGGGGGGUCUGGGGUCGAGUGAGGGGCAAGUUGCGCCCGAAGAUCCACCGACGGACGAGGCUCCUUCACCUCCGACUACCACUGAACCGCCCGGUUCGAUGAACAUGAUUGGACAGCAGUAUGCUGCGAGGUUGCAAGACGAGUUGGCGAGGAAGAAUCAGCAAGUUUUGGACUGGAGCGAUGCUCGAAGGAUACUCCAAGAACUUACAAAUGGGAUUGUGCAGACGCAAGAUUUUGAUGAAGCUGGUUGUGAAAGACUUCUCAAAGCUGCUGGUCUGGGAAUGGAGUUUACCAAGACUGUCGUCAAACCUAUCCGACAGGUUGCACCUCUUCCUUCUCUCCGAUCACUCACCCUCGACUUUUCGUUCAAGCGAUACCCACAACGCGUGCUCUUGCUCGAAGGCGAGCUCCACCUCGGACGAAAGCCGGGCGGACUGAGGUUCACAAGCGUCGCGGCUAGAGAAGACUAUGCGCGAAUCGUAUUGCAGGAUCUGAGACCGCCGGAAUGGGUGCACACCCUUGCCUCUCGGUUAAUUAGGAGGAUGGAUUAUGUCCGCAACGGUCGCGCUUGGCUCGCGGCCCAUAUGCGACGAGGAGACUGUGAGUGUCGUUUUGAUCGUUUUUAG